AGACUGUUUUCCUAUUUGUUUACAGCCAAUCAGCAAAAUUAUGUGGCCUCGCCUGUCAGUGUGCUUAUGCUGCUCUCGGCCCUGCUCGGAGCUAAGGGCCCCCAGGGCGAAACAGCCGACCAACUAUGUCAAGCUAUCAAGGGCAACACGGAUAAAUGUUCGGCGAGUGUAGUCGCAGAAAUACAUCAAAAUGCAGAAAAAACUAUGCGGCAGUUAACGACAGCCCGUAGUGUAGCAGAACCAACUGAAAAAGUUGUCAGAAUUGCUAAUGCGGCCUUCGUUCAAAAGGACCUGAUGUUGAAGUCCAGUUUUGAGAGCGAAUUUGAGAAGGACAACGUAUCUACAAUUGCCAAGAUUGAUUUUCUCAGCCCGGAAGCCUACAAGACCGUGAACGCCUGGGUCAACAGAACCACGGGUGGACUGAUAAACGAAAUUUUUAAGUCUCCAAAUGACAUUUCUAAAGACGUCCUGAUGAUGUUGCUUAAUUCCGUCUACUUCAAAGGUCAGUUUAAGUCUCGCCUCCGAGGAAACGAGUGGCAGACGCACUUUCUACGUGCGAAGGUCAAAGACAGGACCUUUAGAACUCUUUCUUCCGAAAAGACAGUGAAGAUGAUGAGAGAGAAUGAGUAUAUACUUUAUUACUCAGAUGAAGUUCGCGGAUUUAAGCUGGUGGCGAAACCAUUCUCGAAUGAACGCUUCCAAUUUGUUGUCAUCCUGCCGACCGAGGAUCUCAAAAUUGAGAAGCUGAACGCCCUGUUUAAGGAGGGUUUUGAUUGGACGGUUUUGAAGAAGGCCUCCGAGAAACGAAUUGAACUAUUUUUGCCUCGCUUUAAAUUGGAACAUGAGGUUGACUUGGUUCCGACUUUGCAAUCGAUGGGCGUGCGUAAUCUCUUCAGCAAAGGACUCGCUGAUCUUUCAGGAAUAACCACAGAGGCGAUGCUUUAUGUGGGUGCGGCCAAGCAGAAUGCAAUCCUGGAGGUAACGGAGACAGGCGUGAAAGCGGCCGCCGUUUCUUCCAUGCAAAUGAUGCCGAUGUCCCUCCGGCCUAAAGGUGAACCCUUCAUUGUGGAUCAGCCAUUCUUUUGCGCCGUCUAUGACAUAGACCUUAUGUUGCCACUCUUCUUGGCCCGCGUGAUGGAUCCACAGCCAGUUUAA